AUGGGUUACAGGUGGAUUGGGAGUUAUUUACCAGAAGACAUGAACAGUACAAUCAUAAGACUACCUACAUUGCAGUUUGCUGCUAUAAAUGAUGCUCAGACUCAAAUUGAACAGGAUUUCCUUGCAACAGAAUAUG